ACAUACCGCAUCGUGUUGAAGGCCCAACAUCCUUCUUCGGCUGCCGCCUCCACCGGUGCUUGCGAGGAGGCCGCGAAGCUCGAGGGCGAAUCAUCCGCCGCGCGAGAACAAGUUACUUUCGAUGACGCUCGGCGGUUCCGGUGGAUCGAGCGUUGUCGUUCCUCGUAGCUUCAGAUUGCUUGAAGAGCUCGAACGAGGAGAAAAAGGCAUUGGCGAUGGGACUGUAAGUUAUGGUAUGGAUGAUGGAGAUGACAUUUACAUGCGAUCCUGGACUGGAACAAUAAUUGGUCCUCAUAAUACCGUCCAUGAGGGCCGCAUCUAUCAGCUCAAGUUGUUCUGUGACAAGGACUAUCCAGAAAAACCACCUAGUGUUCGAUUCCAUUCCCGUAUUAACAUGACCUGUGUCAAUCCUGACACUGGAUUGGUUGAUCCAAGGAAGUUUUCAGUUCUCGGAAAUUGGCAAAGAAAUUAUACAAUGGAGCAUAUUUUGUCCCAGCUCAAGAAGGAAAUGGCUUCCUCUCACAAUCGCAAACUGGUUCAACCUGCAGAGGGCACCCAUUUCUGAGACAAGGAACCUCAGAAUCGACUUCUGAUUCAACGGACUGCCAGCACAUCAAUUACUUAUUGAACAUUGCUUUAUUUAUUUGACGUCGUUGGUUGCCAAACUUUGCAUGGUUAUAUAUUUCAGUGUAGAGUAUGUCGUAUAAUGUGUGCAAUGAAAAUAUUUUAACCCAUUUUCUAAA